AUGAAAAGCGUCUAUUCAGCGGAUUUGCCCAUAUCCAAGCCUACGCCCAAGUCAAAGCGAUGCCAGCCUGCCGAAACUGCGAGAAAGGCGGCCGAAAAUGCAUACGCGGCAUUCGACUCAAUUUCUCAAACAUUACGAUCCACGAUUCAGCUUACUUUGUUCCAUUUGGUCCCUGUAAUUUCUCAUUUCAAGAUGAUUCUCGGCAUAUCGCCUCAGAAUAUGAAGGAGGAACAAGCAGAUAUGCAGAUACGACGCAUACCCAACAUGUUGACUACAAAAUGGCGGUCCAAACGCAGCUCCCAAGUCCAGAUCCAGGGCCAUCCGACCAUCGACAGUUUGAUACUGCAAGCAACUGAAUGGCGUAAAGAUGGGGAAGUCGAAUCAGGGCCAAUGAGUUUGUCUGAAGUCGAAGAUCGAUCGAAUGUUAGCGAACCCAUUGAGGAUGACAGCGUUACUUGCCCAACGACUACAGUCACCACCUCGGAGCGCGAAUUCCUCGACAUGCCCGAACAUGUCCGAUAUAUGCAAAUCUAUGUAGAAGAGGUUGCAGUAUGGAUGGACUCGUUCAACAAAGAAAAAUACUUUGGCGAAUUCCUUCCAUACCGAGCCCUCGACUCUCCGCUGUUACUCUAUUCUCUUUUAGCCUGUGGGAUUCGACGCUUAUCCCAACGCCACCCCGACAUGAGCGAUACAGCUGCAGCAUAUUACAGUACGGCAAAUAUGCAGCUGUUUCGCUAUCACGAGAAUCCAGAACGUGACAUUGAAGAGUGCUCAACCGUAGCAGUCAUUCUCAAACUUUACAACAUCAUAUUCAGAGAAGGCCCGCAGAGUGGCGGCCAUAGUCCUGCCGUGCUCAACUCCAUCAUCAGCGAAAGCCAAUGGAGUCCAGAGAGCGACGGCAUUGGGUCAGCCUGUUUCUGGCUAAACGCCUACCUGGAUAUUGUGGGAAGCUUGGAAGCAGGAUACUGCUUGUACGUUGACUCUUGGAGUGUCGAUAUGUGCAUGCCCAGCGAUGGCAGCGAAUUCAUGACCCAUGGGGACGAAGAACUGUGGGUACAGCGGAUGCUCUUUAUACUCGGCAAGGUGAUAAGCUAUAGGCUAUGCGUGCUAUCGUUUACGGAUGUAGAUUUACGGGAGAACAGGACGCUGGAGAAUCUUCUUCCGGAAUGGAAACAUUUGAAGCAGCUUUGCGACCAAUGGAACGACGCUUGUCCGAGGAACAUGCGUCCGUUGGGAUACAUGUAUCCCGAUCAGACGGAGAACAAUUCUACUUUCCCGAAAACAUGGCUUCCUAAACGAGAGGCAGUUUUCUGUCGUCUUUUAUAUCAUACUGCACAGUCUAUACUCACGCAGACACAUCCCAUGGAGCAAACCAUGCUUUCGGAGGAAAUGAUUGCGCUUCAGUUGCACCAUGCUCGCGAGGUGUGUGGGAUUGUGGCCCAUACGGAGGAUAGCUGUCUGGGACCAAUCUCCGUACAGGCGCUUUUGGUUGCCUUGGGUGCCCUGGUGGGAGACAAAGAACGCAUGGAGGUCCUGAACAUUCUACAAAGAAUGAAGGCUCAAAUGGAGUAUCCACAGUGA